CUCACAACACAGUUUCUUACUACCUGAAAUACUUUACUGAGGGUAAAGAUGAAUGACUUGAGCCGAUCAACUGGACAACCUGAUGAUGGUCGGGAGACUUCAGCAGGACUCCACAAAAGAGGAAGCGAACGUCAGCCUCCGAACAACUCAAUGGAACAUCUACUGCAGACCAGCAGAAGACAACAGCGUCAUCUACAGAGGAAAGAAGAUCAGCCACCACUGAAUCAAUGCAAUGAGAAGAACGAGGAAGACAGAAACCCUAACCUGGAGACUCCUGAAGAAUUAAGGCCUGUUUUCCAAACAACAAACAAUCCACCUCUAGAAGGUCUGCGUUCCAGUUUUCGUAGAUGGACUCGUAGGAUAAAACCAACACAAAUGUCACUGAAUUUCUUUGUAAAACAGAAGCUGAAUCUCGUGCUGUGUGGAUGUGAUAGCACAUUCAAGGUCUCUGUGUCCAAACUUUUACGAGGGAAAAAGCUAAAACUUUCACACCAGAGAGCGAUCAGUGAAGAGUGUGUGAAGAGAGAGGCAAGGAUACAUGGACGUCUGAUCAGUUUGCUAGAGCUUCCAGCUCUUACUCGGCUCUCAGAGGAGGAAGUGAUGCAUCAGACUCUCAACUGUGUAUCUCUCUGUGAUCCUGGAGUUCAUGUUUUCCUCCUCAUUGUUCCUGCUGCUCCACUUAAUAACGAUGAGAUAGCAGAAAUAGAGAAGAUCCAGAAUAUAUUUAACUCCAGAGACAAUUUCAUGGUGCUUUUCACAACAGAGCUUAUUCUUAUUAAAAAAGUGACUAAUUUUGUUGAAACCAGCCCAGAAUUUCAGAGGUUAAUCAGUCGUUGUGGAGGUCACUACAAAGUGAUGGGGUUAAAUGAACCCGAAAACUCGAGACAGAUCCCAGAACUACUGGAUUAUAUAGAGAACAUGAAGACUGAACCCUAUUCACUUCAAAUAUAUGUGAAAGCACAAGAGAACAGAGUCAGACAUGAACUGGAGGAACAACAUAAGAAAGAAAUGGAAAAUAAAAUCAAAGAGCUACAAGGCAAGGUUCAGUCAGAAGGUGCUGAAGGUGAAACAGUUGAUCAGGAGUGUUUGAGGAUUGUGCUGAUCGGGAGGACAGGAAAUGGAAAGAGUGCAACAGGAAACACUAUUCUGGGAAGAAAUGAGUUUCCCAGCCGAUUGAGCACAGAUUCAGUGACGACUGCAUGUGAAAAGAGAGUUGGUGAAGUUGAUGGUCGAUCAGUAGCUGUUGUUGAUACUCCAGGACUCUUUGACACAACACUGUCAAAUGAUCAUUUGGUGGAAGAAAUAAUGAAAUGUGUUUCACUCUCAUCACCUGGACCUCAUGUGUUUGUCAUUGUGCUGAGUUUGGGAAGAUUCACCAAAGAGAAGAUGGACACUAUGGAUCUGAUAAAGAAGAUCUUUGGUCCAAAAGCUGCUCAGUUCAGCAUUGUUCUGUUCACUAGAGGAGACGAACUUGAGAAUGAGUCCAUAGAAGGUUUUGUAAAGAGAAGUAACUCUGCAGAACUCAGGAAACUGAUUAGAGAUUGUGGAAACAGAUUCCUGGUUUUCAAUAACAGAGAGAAACAAGAUACAACUCAAGUGAUUAAACUGUUAAAGAUGAUAGAAGAGGUGAAAAAUAGAAAUCAGGGUCGAUACUUCACUAACAACAUGUUUGAGGAGGCAGAGAUGUCCAUUAAAAAGAGAAUGGAGGAAAUUAUGAAAAAGAAAGAAAAAGAAAUUCAAGCUCAGAAAGAUGAGUUACAAGCCAAAUAUGACAGGGAAGUGAAAAGCAUGAUGAAGGGACUCGAGGAAAAGAAACUAAGAGAGGAGGUGGACAGAAUGAAAAUGCAGAAUCAGCUGAGAGAAAAAGAGAAAAAACUCAGAAGAGAGUUUGACGAAAAAGAGAAAACAGAACAGAAGAAACAAGAGACUGAAAACCGGAAACGAUCAGAAGAGGAAAAACAACUAAGAGCUGAAUUUCAUCGGAAAAUAGAAGAAAUGAAAAGAAGGGAGAGACAGAAACAUGAGAAGGAAAUAAGAGACAUGAUGAAGAAACAUCAAGAUGAAGCCAGAAAACAAGCGGAGGAAUUUCACAAGUCGACAGAAAGAAAACUGAAGUAUGUUCUGGAGCUCACAGAGAUGCUAAAAGAGUAUCAAAGACAACAUAAAACACUAAAAAAAUAAAUAAAUGGAGAAAUGAAAAGAGAGGAAAUAAAAAAAACUACAAAUAUUGUAAUAGAAUUAAGAGUAAAACUGGUUGUCAUUUCGUGAUAAUUCUGAAAGUCUUACUAAAAUGUAAGCAGA